GGAAAAUCUAAAAAGCAGUUGGCCGGUGUCUCUUUGAUUUUGAUGUCCAACGUCCACCUUCGUAAACUCCGCUAACCUCAACACACCCCCUGCGCACUAUAUCACUCAAUCUGCCUGCACUUCAUUUAUAUGCACGCCUUCCUCAGGCUUAACCUUCACCACCCUCUUAUCCUGCUCAGCUCCCUCCCCACCAUGACCGCCUCUCUCGCCCUCCCCUCCAUCUCUCUCAACUCCUCCUCCGUUUCGGGGCUCCGAAAUGGAAAAGGAGCCCCGCUCGGUAUCCGGAGCCUCGGGCGAUCUAGGGUUUCCAUGACCGCCUCCGUUGGAUCGCAGACUCUGCAAAGCGAUGCCUUGUUCGCUGAUUACAAGCCCAACUUCGCUUUCCUCUUCCCUGGUCAAGGUGCGCAAGCAGUUGGAAUGGGAAGGGAAGCUCAAAGCGUGCCUGCUGCUGCGGAGUUAUACAAGAAAGCAAACGAUAUUUUAGGGUUUGAUCUUUUGGAUGUUUGUAUCAAUGGACCAAAAGAGAAGCUAGAUUCAACUGUUAUAAGCCAGCCAGCUAUUUAUGUCACAAGUCUAGCUGCUGUUGAGUUACUUCGUGCACGUGAUGGAGGCCAGCAGAUCAUUGAUUCUGUUGAUGUCACAUGUGGCCUAAGUUUGGGAGAAUAUACUGCUCUAGCAUUUGCUGGGUCAUUCAGCUUUGAGGAUGGGCUCAACCUGGUCAAACUGAGGGGAGAAGCCAUGCAGGAAGCUGCCGAUGCUGCCAAAAGUGCCAUGGUCAGUGUCAUAGGGUUGGACUCAGACAAGGUUCAACAGUUGUGUGAUGCAGCCAAUCAAGAGGUCGAUGAUGCUAACAAAGUUCAGAUUGCAAAUUAUCUAUGUACUGGUAAUUACGCUGUAUCUGGUGGUGUGAAAGGAGUGGAAGCAGUAGAGGCCAAAGCAAAGUCAUUCAAGGCCCGAAUGACGGUUCGACUAGCUGUUGCUGGCGCUUUCCACACUAGUUUUAUGGAACCUGCUGUAUCAAGAUUGGAAGCUAAAUUGGCAGUAACGCAGAUCAGAACACCAAGAAUACCAGUUAUCUCCAAUGUUGACGCACAACCACACUCAGAUCCCGAGACGAUUAAGAAAAUAUUGGCUCGUCAGGUGACUUCCCCUGUUCAAUGGGAAACGACUGUCAAGACUCUCCUUAGCAAGGGGCUGAAGAAGAGCUACGAAUUGGGACCUGGAAAGGUUAUAGCUGGCAUUGUGAAGAGAAUGGAGAGAAGUGCAGAGAUUGAGAACAUUGCCUCGUGAAAAGGCAACCGGAGAUGUGGCUUCAAUGAUAUCCAGUUACCAUGUGGUGGUACAUUUGCCCAUGGCGGCAGUUGAGGGAGGACCAUGGGAAGAAGCAGCUUUUUCGGCCAAAUAUUUUCAACAGUUUACUACUCUUUAGAGUUUUUUUAGGUGAUUAGAAAUCCUAUUUUCAGUAUAAUAAAGUUUGGUUUCUUCUCAAUGUAAGCUUCUAUCAAUCAAUGUAGCAGUGCAUAAGCUGAAAAUUUCGAUUUUUGUAGAUUGCCUCAGAAU